UUGCUUUAGUUUAGUCUUCAUCCACCCCUACCCUCUCAAGUUACAAUUCUCUCAGUCAAGCUACCGGUCUUCCAAACCCUUCUUUGAAUUUUGCAAUGGCUUCUUCUUCAACCAGUCUCUCAGUACCUUCUUCCUCUUCCACCCAUCGCUGGAAGUACGAUGUCUUCCUUAGUUUCAGAGGUGAAGACACCCGCCAAAGCUUUACUGCCCAUCUUCACGCGGCGCUUUGUCAAAAGGGAAUCAACACUUUCAAAGAUAACCAACUCAGGAGAGGCGACAAAAUAUCUCCAGCUCUCCUACAGGCAAUUGAAGAAUCGAGGUGUUCCAUCAUCAUUUUCUCCGAAAACUAUGCGUCUUCAAGUUGGUGUUUGGAUGAACUUACAAAGAUUCUUGAGUGUGUCAAAAUGAGGAGGCAAACAGCUCUACCGGUUUUCCACAAUGUGGAUCCCUCCCAUGUAAGAAAGCAAGAAGGGAGUUUUGCGAAAGCAUUUGCAAAGCAUGAACAAGUUUACAAGGAUAAGAUGGAGCAGGUGGUGAAGUGGAGAGAUGCUUUGACUGAAGCAGCCACAAUUUCUGGAUGGGAUUCACGAAAUAGAGACGAGUCUGUGGUUAUUGAGGAAAUUGUUGCCAGGAUUUUGACUGAACAGAUCGAUGCAUCCUCAAGCAACAUGGAUGCUCUAGUUGGGAUGGACUCUCGUGUAGAGGACGUGGUUUCACUGUUAUGUAUUGGCUCUGAUGAUGUUCGGAUGGUAGGAAUUUGGGGCAUGGCUGGCAUAGGUAAGACUUCCAUCGCUGAAGCUGUCUAUGAACAAAUCUGUGCUAAAUUUGAAGGUUGUUGCUUCCUUGGGAACGUUAGAGAAGACUUACAAAGAUAUGGUCUACCUUAUUUAAUAGAAAAGCUCCUUUCACAAAUUUUAGGGGGAACAAAAAUUUUCGAUACAAGAAUCAAUUCUAUAAAAGCAAGACUCCAUUCGAGGAAGGUCCUUAUCGUACUUGAUGAUGUGGAUAAACAACAACAGUUAGAAGAUUUGGUAAGAAAUCAUGAUUGGUUCGGUCUGGGAAGUCGAAUUAUCAUAACAACUAGGGACCGACAUUUGCUAAGUUGUCAAAACGUGAAUGCAAUAUAUGAAGCUAAGAAAUUAAAGUAUGAUGAAGCUCUUGAGCUCUUUUGUCAGCAUGCCUUUAGAUCUGAGCAGCCUACAAAAGAUUUUAUGCAGCUGUGUCACCGUGCAGUAGAUUACACUGGAGGCCUUCCCUUGGCCCUUAAAGUCUUGGGUUCUUGUCUAUACAAAAAAGACAUAGAUGUAUGGAAGAGUGAAUUGGACAAACUCAAACAAUUCCCCAACAAAGAAAUUCAAAAUGUGCUCAAAACAAGUUUUGAAGGGUUAGAUGACAAUGAACAGAACAUAUUUCUUGAUAUUGCAUUCUUCUAUAAAGGGCAUCAUAAAGAUUAUGUCAAAGACAUACUAAAUGGUUGUGGUUUCUUCUUUGACGCCGGAAUAAAAAGUCUUCAAGAUAAGUCACUCAUAACCAUCUCCGAGAAGAAUAAGUUGUGGAUGCAUGAUUUGUUACAAGAAAUGGGUUGGAAUAUUGUAAGGCAAAAAUUUGAAGUACCUGGUGAGCGUAGCAGGUUGCGGGUUCAUGAGGACAUCAAUCAUAUACUAACAACAAAUACGGGGACUGAAGCAGUUGAAGGCAUAUUCCUUGAUUUGUCUGCAUCAGAAGAACUAAACUUUAGCGUUGAGGCCUUUGCGAUGCUGAAGAGAUUAAGAUUGCUCAGGGUCUAUACUGUGCAAAUAGAUAGAAGCUUGGAAUAUUUGUCAGAAAAAGAGUUAAUCGCCCAUACUGAUGAUAUUUGGGAAAGGAGGAGCUAUAUUUGGGAAAGGAGGAGCUAUGCUUGGACAAGGAUGGAGCAUCUGUACACUCAGUGUAAAUUGCACCUGUAUGGAGAUUUCAAAUUUCUAUCCAGCAACUUGAGAUCUCUCUAUUGGGAUGGAUAUCCUUUGAAGUCCCUUCCAUCAAAUUUUCAUCCAGAGAAUCUUGUUGAGCUAAACAUGUGCUUUAGUCAACUUAAACAACUAUGGGAAGGAAAGAAGGCAUUCAAGAAGUUGAGAUUCAUCAAACUUAGCCACUCUCAACAUUUAACCAAAACUCCAGACUUCUCUGGAGCCCCAAACCUUAGUAGACUGAUUCUAGAAUGCUGUACAAGUUUGGUCGAGGUUCACCCAUCCGUUGUAGCUCUCAAGAAGCUUAUUUUCCUGAAUUUAAAAGGCUGCAAGAAACUUAAGAAUUUCUCAAGGAGCAUCCAUAUGGAGUCUCUUCGAAUUCUUACUCUCUCUGGCUGCUCAAAACUCCAGCAGUUUCCAGAGGUCCAAGGUAAAAUGGAACAGCUGGCAGAGCUUUCUUUAGAAGGGACUGCUAUAAAAGGAUUGCCCUCGUCCAUUGAAUAUCUCACUGGACUUGCUUUAUUAAAUCUGAAAGAGUGCAAAAGCCUUGAGUCAUUACCCAACAGCAUUUUUAUGUUGAAAUCCCUGAAAACUCUCAUUCUUUCAAACUGCACAAGACUCGAGAAGCUUCCAGAGAUCCCGGAAAACAUGGAGAGUUUGAUGGAGCUUUUUCUAAAUGGGAGUGCUAUUAUAGAACUGCCAUCCUCAAUUGGAUGUCUAAAUGGGCUUGUUUUGUUGAAUCUGAAAAAUUGUAAAAAACUUGCAGGUCUUCCGCAAAGCAUUUGUGAACUGACAUCUCUUCGGACUCUUAUUCUAUGUGGUUGCUCAGAACUGAAGGAAUUACCAGAUGACUUGGGGAGCCUACAGUGUUUAGUAGAGCUCAAAGCAGAUGGAACUGCCAUACAAGAGGUGCCACCCUCUAUUAAUCUUUUGACAAACCUUCAAGAAUUAUCAUUAGCAGGAUGUAAGGGAUGGGAAUCUAAGUCAUGGAAUCUGGCUUUUUCUUUCGGCUCGUCAGCAACACUAGAACCAUUGCGACUGCCUCGCUUGUCAGGUUUAUACUCCUUGAAAGAAUUGAUUUUAAGUGACUGCAACCUAUUGGAAGGAGCAUUGCCCAUUGAUCUCGGCUCCCUAUCUUCAUUGGAAUGGUUAGAUCUCAGCCGAAACAGUUUCAUUACGAUUCCUGCUAGCCUUAGUGGACUUUCUCGGCUCAAAACGCUCAUACUGCCAUACUGCAAGAGUCUUCAAUCAUUGCCAGAGCUUCCAUCAAGUAUUGAAUAUUUAAAUGCCGAAGCUUGCACAUCCCUGGAAACCUUUUCAUGUUCAUCAAGUGCAUGCACAUUGAAGGGGCUUACGGAACUCGACCUCAUAUUUUCUAAUUGCUUCAGACUAAUGGAGAAUGAACACAAUGACAGUAUGAAACAUAUCCUACUGGGAAUUCAGCUUCUUGCAUCAAUACCAAAAUUUCUGGGUCCAAAUGGGAGUAUCUAUGGUUGGGACUAUCCGGAAAAUGAGUAUAAUGCAAUCGUUCCUGGAAGUAGAAUUCCGGAGUGGUUCGUGGAUCAGAGCACGGGGUCUUCAGUAACAGUAGAGCUGCCUCCACAUUGGAAUAAUACCAAGUUGAUGGGAAUGGCUGUUUGUGCUGUUGUGGGCGCCAAGGGUGUCAUUGACCCCACCACUGAGAAGCGCUCGAUUGGUAUAUAUUUUAAUGUGGAUGGUAGCACUGGGAUUCGUACUGGUUGGACGGCUAGCCUGAGUCUACCAAUGAGAACUGACCACACGUGGUUUGGGUAUCGACCACUUGCUAUCCUGACUGCAUAUUCUGGGGACUUUGGAAAGAGCAGAGGCUCUAUGGUGGUUUCAUUUCGAGUAGGAAUCGGGAAGGAGAAGGUAGAGGUGAAGAAGUGUGGGGUUCGUCUUGUAUACGAGGGAGAGGAGAAAGAUAGUCAUUGCAGCUUUCCUUGUGGUGCCAUGUGGCCGGAAGAAAGAGAGGAGACAGAUAGUGAAUGCAGCUUUCCAGGAGAAGGAGAUGAAUCAGAUUCAGGAUCAGAAGACCUUAGACAAUCAAAUUCAGAUUCAGAAUCAAAAGAACUUAGGCAAACUUGUUCCCCCUGUAACCUUCUUACAAACUUUUUCAUGUUGCUGAAGCAGAUCUGUGUUACCAGUAAGGAGAAAGCUGACCUUUCCCAAUCAAAUUCAGUCUAUCCAUAAUCAGAUUCUUUUUCAGAUUAAGAGCCACUACCGCCUCCUUCUUGGCCCCCAUGCUGCACUGAAAAGUUUGAAGGUGGUUCUGGUUGAAAAACCUCGAUGGAGCUCUAUCGGAUACCCUCAUUUGAGGACGGAUGUGGCUAUCAUGUUUUGGAGUUUGGUGGAGCAAUAAAUUGAUCAUAGUGUGUUAUUCUGCAUAUUUGUGCUAUUGACAUUUUCUAAAUACAUAGGAUUGAAGGUUUUAGAAUCUGUUGGAAGGUAAGACUGAACCAAUUAAAGUAAUCUUCUUUCAAACUAAAAAACAUGCAUUGUAUUAAGAGGGAUUUGCUAUAUCUAUGUCAUGUUAAAUUUUUCAUGUAUAUCAUUUUUCUUUUUA